UUGCACCCAAUACCAACUAACCAGAACCGGAAGGAUGAGGGAGAACCGAGAACCGAAAACCAGAUCAUGAGGUUUAUCUCCACGUCGUCUCCUCCUGCUACCACCACCACCGGUUCCCUACCGCCGCCUGCAGCGGCGGCCGCGGCCGCAAAGCCCCGCAGAAGAGCUAGGGCUAGGGUUCCUCACGGAGAAACCCUAACACUAUUCCCAGGCCCAAGGUUCCUCCGCUUGGAGCUCGGCGGAAACCCUAGCUCUAGCCGGUUGAAGGCCGGGCUGACGGAGAUCGAGCCCGACCUGGAGGAGGAUCCGCACGACAGCUGGCGGACAAACGGUGUCGAUCCUGAAGAUUUUAAGUACGGGGAGUAUGAUGGACACCACACUUAUUUCGAAGGCAAUGAAGGGGGCUUCUGGGAAGCUGUCAUGGAGGAAUAUCAAGCUGCAGAACCUCCUACUGGUUUUCAAGGGCUUAUGUCUUGGUUGUUUCUUCCUGCAAUUGUUGCU